UUCGAAAGUGAUAUUUCGAUCGUUUUCGAAUUUACCAUUCCCUAUUCCAAUCGUUUUGCUCGUUUCGAACGAAAGUGUUAGAAAAUUUCGAAUAUGCAUCGAUCUGUCAAAAACCGAUAAACAAAAAGAAACACCGUAUUAAAUAGCGGCGAGUGCGAGUUGAAUUUCAGUUAAUUUUUGAUCCUAAGAGAAAUUUGUGAGAAAAUUUUCUCGUUCAAUGGAUUCCGUUUUGUUACCGAUUUUGGCGGAGCAAGAAGAAAUUGGAAUGCCUUGCUACCAUCGGCGAAACCACCGAAAAUCAACCGACUUCAUAAAACUUUCUGAUGAAGCAUUCAUCAAAAGUUUUCGUCUAAGUAAGGAAGCUUUUCGGUACGUUUUAGAGGAAAUUGAGAACUGCCUUACCACAAGGAAAGGUGGUCUAUCCACGGAGGUGAAACUCGCAGCAUGUUUGCGAUUCUUUGCUGAAGGAAAUUAUCAACAUGGAGCAGGGCAAGAUUAUCACAUUGCCAUAGCACAGCCCACAUUUUCCAAGGUGCUGACUGAAAUGCUUAACAUUCUGGAGCGGACACUGUGUAAGAAAUGGAUUUCCCUAAAUAUGACGGAAGACGAACAGCGGCGUGCUAAACUACACUUCUAUCAGAAAACAUCAAUUCCGGGUGUUAUUAUGUGUUUGGAUGGAACCCACGUAAAAAUUAUUCCACCUAAGCUGAAUCGAAAUUUGUUUUUUAAUCGGAAGGGAUUUUAUAGUCUCAACGUUCUGAUUGUUUGUGACGAUCAGCAAAGGAUUCGUUUCGUUGAUCCUACCUUCCAGGGAUCUAAUCAUGACUCUCAUAUAUGGCGUGUAAGCCCUGCAAGAACUCACUUUGAGCAGCUUCACCAAAAUGGUGAAGUUAAUACUAAGAUUCUAGGUGAUGCUGGUUAUCCAUCGGAACCUUGGUUAGUAACGCCAUUCAGAGCAGCGGAGGAAGGGAGUUUGGAGAGCGAUUUUAAUCGCAGGCAUGCCUUGGGUCGUGCUAUCGUCGAGCGGACAAUCGGUUUACUAAAAAAUCGGUUUAGAUGCAUCCUUGGCGCGAGACAACUUCACUACAAUCCUACUAAAUGCGCUCAAAUUAUAAAUGUAUGCUGUGCACUUCACAAUAUAUGCUUAGAAUUUGGUCGUUCUCAGUAGUUAUAAUAUGUUAUGCAGCUGUUUACAUAAUAAACUUUUGUUUAAAUUAAUAUUUAUGACUGUUAAAUUUCAUCUAACUUGUUUGCAAAUGCUCAAAUAAAUAACAACCACCGGAAAAGGAAGUGUCUUCCUUACUUAACUAUGGUUUCGGCAGAAUUAUUUACUCUUAUUCCUGCCAACACUUUGAGAACAUGUCAUUAUCGAUUUCUCGUAAGCAGGCCAAGUAUUCAAAUAACCAUUGUUAAUACUUUUUGCGUUGUUUUAACCCCUUGCUGUACGAUUUAAUUUCCAACAGCACGGCCCAAAACGAGCACUUCGAGUCGUUCCGCUACUCUGCUGAGUGUGGGUAUCUAACAUGGGUGCCCUAUGAUGAGCAAAUACAUGUUGUGUUUAAAAUAAAAACGAAGGAGUUAUUACUACGUACUAACUCGUUCGUUUUUAUUUUAAUUAUAAUAUUCAAAUUAUAUUUUAUAUUUUUAGCUCAUUCAAUUUUUUUUUUAAAUAACGGAAAUUUGAUAAUCUUCAGUUGUCGGUAUCCUCAUCAUAUGCCUGAAGCUAUGUAAUUAUUUCACAUCGAGAAACAACGAGUGAAGUUCAAUGUUGUACGUGAAGGGGUUAAGGAAGUUCCAUAAACUAUAGGCGAAAUUCGUGAAUUUUAAAAAAGUUUAUAUAAUUUUGAUGCUAUUCCAAACAAACUUCAAAGAAAAAAUUAAGUAAGAUUUUUCUUCCAUGGAAAGAUAUAAAAAUACGAUUAGAACUUUUUUCAUUUUUUUAUACUUGAGUUACAAUAUAAAGAUAAAAAAUCAGAUCACUGAUAUUUUGAAACAUUAUUCUAAUGUUCUGAAAUAUACGCAAUCUGCGUUUCAAGGAUUUGUCGCUAUUGAUUUCUCCAGCGCGAUCUUCUCCAUCUCGUGGUUAUGUCGUUUUUGUUCACUCAGAUGUUCUUUGAGUGUGGCAUCCACGGAAAGAAUCGCUCGAGCUGAUUGGCGCUGAUAAUGAACCAGAUCACUCAAAUUCUUGUUUGUGUUUUUUAACAGGGAUUUCACAUUGGUGUGAAAUUUGUUUUGUUGCUCGACUUGCAGCUCUAAUAGCCUCGUGGUAGAAGGUCUGGAUUUUUUCGGCUGAGAGGGCUGGAAGUGAAUGGUAUUAUUGAUACCGUCACACUCGUCGGAAGUACCAUAAUAUAUAAAAUUUUCCUGGUCUGCAGCUUGAGGUUCACCC